AUGCCGUCGUCAGAAUACACCUCCGCAGGCGGCGGCCUCAAACUCAAAGGCGCCAAAAACGCCGGCAUAGAAAAGAAGCGCAAGAAGAAGUCAUCGUCGUCCAAAUCCUCUGCCGUCGCCGCUGCGACUUCCAGCUCCAAAGAUGCAACACCUGCCAAAGAUACGACCGACCUCGAGAACACUACAGAUCUAGAACAGAGAGAGAAGAACAAGCAAGAGAGUCUCAUACCCGACGAUGGAAAGACGGAAUAUGAACGACGCCAUGAGGAAACCAGACGCAAGCGCGUAAGUCCUGGCAUUCGACUUGAAGAGAGAUUGAUGCGCGAAGGAGUUAAGACUCACAAGGAACGCGUCGAGGAGCUGAACAAGUACCUGUCGACCUUGAGCGAGCACCACGACAUGCCUCGCAUCGGUCCUGGAUAA